GCGACGAGUGUCGUUUGACAACCGCUUGCGGUGAAAUCAAAUACGGCGUGUGCAGUACGGUCGGAUUGCUCGUAAAAUCUCAACUUUUUUUAACAAUUCGAGAUAGAGCAUGGACGAUGAUUGCAACACGACUAUCAAAGAAACGUUCCAAGAACCGCGGAAAAGGUUUUGGCUGAGAUCAAGAAAACGACCAAAGAGCGACGCAAUGAGCGUAAGCUCGAUGGACAUAUCUAUGGAAUCCGACAUUGGAAAGAAGAAGAAGCGUCGCAGGAUUACAGAGGUUGCUAGCAGUAUAUUUUCCUCGUCCAUAGUUGGAAGUAAGCUGGGAAAUACUCUGCACAGAUCUUUUACAGUUCAACCAAACUCAUCAGAUUUAUCAAUUAUUGAAGAUGAGACAGAUACUGGAACAUUACGCAGAAAAUUGAAUAAUACUGCUGAAAGUUGCAAUAAUUUGACAAUCAGAAGUUGGAUGUUGGAUGUCGCACAACUACAUGGCAAAGAGUGUUUAAAUAAUAUAUUAAGUCGAAGUGAAAUUAAGAGGCAGGAGGCUAUUUAUGAGUUAUACUGUGGUGAAAAUGUGCUACUAAACGAGCUCUACAUAUUAAAAAAUUUCUAUUAUGAACCAAUGUUAUCUACUGAAAUUUUUACAUCUGAAGAGUUAUUCAUCCUUUUUGGCGAUCUUACAAAUCUCAUUGAGAUACACAGGAACUUGAGGGAUGAGUUGCUCAAACUCAGAGAUAAAUCUGGAUUCACAAAGACUGUUGGUCCAACAUUAUUGAAUUGGUUGUCAACAUUGAAGAAACCAUAUCUAGAAAGAUGCAGAACAUUAAUUUGGGCGAGACAUUUACUCGACGAGAAAAAAUUUAGUAAUAAAAGAUUUCAAUCAUUUCUAAAAAAACGAUUAGAAUUGCCACAUUCUGUCGAUCUAUGGACUUAUUUAGAUGUGCCACGUUCAAGGAUUGUCAAGUAUCCAUUAUUGGUGAAAGAGAUCUUAAAACAUACUGCCACCAAUGACAAAGAUCAUUUGUUGCUGAAAGAAGCAAGUAAUGUCCUUUCCAAUUUGCUAAAAGAUAUUGAUUGGAUCAUGGGUGAUGCAGAGUGCAAACUCGCUCAGUCGAAAAUAAACGUAAAGAUGGAAUAUGAUCCUGAAAAGUGCAUCAUCAACGCCACAGAUUUAAUCAUUGAAGGGCAGCUUAAGGAUACACGUGGAAUAAAAUAUUACUGCUUCCUUUUUGACACAUGUUUUGCAAUAACUCGCUCUACGCGGCGUGUUAGCAAAAAAUACAAUCUGUUCUUUCCCAUCAUACCUAAAGAACAAAUAUGUGUGCAAACGGAUGAUAAAAAUAACGUGGAAAUGGGUUUUAAAGUCGGAGAAUAUUCUUUCAUAACAGAAGAUGGACAUAAAAGACGACAUUGGAUUGAUGCAUUCAACAAAUUAUACUCUAGAAUGAGUAUUCCAGACAAAGUGUUUAACACUGAUGACAAGGAGAAUUUGUUGAAUAACACAGAAUCAAAUUCGAAUAAUCGCGUUACACGGACAUCACUAUCCAGAAGAACUUCCACAAGCAGUAUAAAUGAUAAUCAUUUUUCCUUUUCUAUAAGGAAAAGUUUGCUCAAGCAAAAGCGCAAUAGUAUCGGCUAUAUAUAAUAAAAACUUAUUUCGAGCUUUUGUACUUUUGAUAAGAAGCAUAGUUGUUAAUAUAUUAUAUAAAAAGGGUGAGAUAAUUCUAAUUAGUACAAAGAAAAGUUAUAGUAAUGGUAACUGUUAUGUUGUAAUUUUACUUUGUAAAAUUCUAAUUGUUUGAGUUUAAAAGAAUUUUUAGUGAUAACUAAAAGUUUUUAAAAAACAUUAUAGCAACACAUUCCAUAACAUGUACAAUAAAUGUGGUGAUAUAAAUUUAGAUUUGAUCUAUAAUUUUUAUAUUUACAUAUAAAACACAUUUAACAUAUUAUACUCGCAAUCCAGUUUAUCUUGUGCUAAAAAGAAAUAACAUAUAUAUUGCAGAAAUUGAACCUAAUUUUCAAGAAAUUUAAUCUACAUUGAUAUUUUUUCCUUGAAUAAUUAGUUUCAUUAAGAAGGAACAGAAAAACACUGAAGAAUAUAUAUGUAAGACAUACAUGCUAGAUAAAGCAUAGCUUAAAUAUAAUAUAUACAUAUACACAAAUGUUAUCAACUUAAAAUACAAGAUAAGUAGUUGGUUUCUCUAUAUUUAUAAUUAUGCGUCCAUUUUAUAUCAGCAUAUAUCGAAAUGAUAAAUGGAAUAUUAUAGUACUUAAUAUAAU